CUGCACUUUCACUAGGAGCUGCAAUCCUGAGCUAUUCCUAGUCAGCCAUCUUCCUGAGAUUCCCCUCCCCAUGCUAUUAAUUUGUUAAAGGCCUUGGUGUUAUACAGUAUUGAAAAACUGCCAGUGCCAUCUGCCUAUGGCCUUCUCAAGUCUGUCUGCCCUUGUGGUUAUCCUGAGUUUAAACCCAGGGAGACUGAGGCUAGAAGAGGCAGACAGCUUUCAUGUGUUCUUCUGUUCAAUGCAAAAAACAUUUGGAACUCUGAGUCCUAACCUUAAACUCAAGACCUCACCUGCAGGCAUUCCACAUCCUUUUAACUCCUCAGUGAUGUAAACAACAAACCUCACCCAGCUCCUGGGGCACAGGGUCUUCACUCCCAGGCAAGCUUGUCCCAGAUUUGCAGGGAGUCUGCCUCCCUAGACCUUUUGGCCAGAACCCCACGUGGGAAUCUUGCAGGUGUGCUCUACCCAGCUCCCCAUUUGGUACUGGAAUCUGGUCUGUGUCACAACCUGGGGAGGGCAUCUGUACCCAGCCACCCUCUGACUUCUCUGUUUUCACAGAUUGGCCAUCUGCAAGCUUCCCUUCUCCAUGAAGAGCAGGAAUAUAGCCAUGGAAUCCCAGGGAGCCAAGACAGAGGUUUAAAGCUCCAUGCAGGUUUGAAUUCUGUGCUUCUAGGAAGCCCCAUGAAAAGUACCUAGUACCAUAAAUACUGGGGCAAGGCAGAGAUGGAGGCCUUGGAACUCCAGGCACAGGUGGCAGAUCCUGGAACCCUACAGUUGCCUGAGUGCAUUGCUGUCCCUGGUGAGCAGGCCUGGGUUUUGUGUUACAGUCUUUCAUGGCAUUUGGGGAUGUGACUGUGGAUUUCACCCAGAAGGAAUGGAGGCUGCUGAGCCCUACUCAGAGGGCCCUGUACAAGGAGGUGACACUGGAGAACUACAGCCACCUGAUCUCACUAGGAAUUCUCCAUUCUAAACCAGAACUCAUCAGGCGGCUAGAGCAAGGGGAAGCACCCUGGGGAGAAGAGAGAAGAUGCCAGCCGGGCCCCCAUGCAGGAAUAUAUGCAGAAUGUGUCCUGCCACCCAAGAAUCUUGGACUAGCACACCAGAGGCAACACCAACUACAAUUUUCUGAUCAAAGCUGCCAGAGUGACACAGUUGAAGGUCAAGAGAAAGAAAAAGGCUCUAAGCCCAUGGCAUUUUCCAGCCCAACCCUAAGACAUGCAGUAAGCUCAAGGAGGAGGAAUAGUGUAGUGGAAAUUGUGUCUAGUCAAGGCCAGAGGGAAAAUCCUACAGAAAUAGACAAAGUAUUGAAAGGAAUAGAAAAUUCAAGAUGGGGAGCAUUCAAGUGUGCAGAGGGUGGGCAAGACUUCAGCCAGAAGAUAAUAGUAAUCAUACACAAAAAAGCACAUUCCAGGCAGAAGCUUUUUACAUGCAGGGAGUGUCACCAGGGCUUUAGAGAUGAGUCAGCAUUGCUCUUGCACCAGAAGACACACACGGGAGAGAAGUCCUAUUUGUGCAGUGAGUGUGGGCGAGGCUUCAGCCUCAAGGCAAAUCUCCUCAGACACCAGAGGACACACUCAGGAGAGAAGCCUUUUCUGUGCAAGGUGUGUGGACGAGGCUAUACCAGUAAGUCAUACCUCACUGUGCAUGAAAGAACACACACAGGAGAAAAGCCUUAUGGAUGCCAGGAGUGUGGGCGACGAUUUAAUGAUAAGUCCUCAUACAACAAGCACUUGAAGGCGCAUUCAGGGGAGAAGCCUUUUGUUUGCAAGGAGUGUGGGCGAGGCUAUACCAAUAAGUCAUACUUCGUUGUGCACAAGAGAAUACACUCAGGAGAGAAGCCUUACAGAUGCCAGGAGUGUGGCCGAGGCUUUAGCAAUAAGUCACACCUCAUCACACACCAGAGGACACACUCAGGGGAGAAGCCCUUCGCGUGCAGGCAGUGUGAGCAAAGUUUUAGCGUGAAAGGAAGUCUCCUCAGACACCAGAGAACACACUCAGGGGAGAAGCCUUUUUUGUGCAAGGAUUGUGGGCGAAGCUUUAGCCAGAAGUCAACUCUCGUCUACCACCAGAGAACACAUUCAGGGGAGAAACCUUUUGUUUGUAGAGAAUGUGGGCAAGGAUUUAUUCAGAAGUCAACUCUUGUGAAACAUGAGAUCACACACUCAGAGGAGAAACCUUUUGUGUGCAAGGAAUGUGGGCGAGGCUUUAUCCAAAAGUCAACCUUCACUUUACACCAGAGGACACACUCAGAGGAGAAGCCUUAUGGAUGUCGGGAGUGUGGGCGAAGGUUUCGAGAUAAGUCCUCCUAUAACAAGCACCUGAGGGCACACUUGGGUGAGAAACGUUUCUUCUGCAGGGAUUGUGGGCGAGGCUUUACUUUGAAGCCAAAUCUCACCAUACAUCAAAGGACACACUCAGGAGAGAAGCCCUUCAUGUGCAAGCAGUGUGAGAAAAGUUUUAGUUUGAAGGCAAAUCUUCUUAGACAUCAGUGGACACACUCAGGGGAAAGGCCAUUUAAUUGCAAGGAUUGCGGGCGAGGCUUCAUCCUAAAAUCAACUCUUCUCUUCCACCAGAAGACGCACUCGGGGGAGAAGCCUUUCAUCUGUAGUGAAUGUGGGCAAGGAUUCAUCUGGAAGUCAAACCUUGUAAAACACCAGCUUGCACAUUCUGGCAAGCAGCCUUUUGUAUGCAAGGAGUGUGGGCGAGGCUUCAAUUGGAAGGGAAACCUUCUCACACACCAGAGGACUCACUCAGGGGAGAAGCCCUUCAUGUGUAAUGUGUGUGGGCAAGGCUUCAGCUGGAAGAGGAGUCUCACCAGACAUCACUGGCGGAUACACUCAAAGGAGAAGCCUUUUGUGUGCAAGGAGUGUAAGCGAGGCUAUACCAGUAAGUCAGAUCUCACUGUGCAUGAGAGAAUACACACAGGAGAGAGGCCUUAUGAAUGCCAAGAGUGUGGACGAAAGUUUAGCAAUAAGUCAUACUACAGUAAGCACUUGAAGAGACACAUACGUGAGAAGCGUUUUUGUACAGGGAGUGUGGGUGAGGCGUCAUCUUGAAGUCAUAUCUCACCAGCCAGUGAGGCCACAUUCAGGAGGGUAACAUUACUUUGUUACAUGCUUUAGUCAUGGCUGCAUAACUUAUUCCUGAAGAUAAAACAAAGGCAGACAUAAUCUAGAAAGCUACAGAUAACCUGAACUCAACCCACACAUCCCCAAGAGAUUCGGCAAAAAGAGGUCCAUGUUUGGGGAACAGAGAUGCCAGCUGAGGGGAGGGCAUUACCUGGGCUAUUGAGGAAAUGUGGUCUCUUUCCUACUGAGCACAUAUUAUUGUAUUUGUGUCAGGCUUUCCAAGGACUGCUCUUAGCCAGUGACUGCAAAGCAGGGAUACCAAGGGAGGCCUAUUACUGACACCCUCCCCAACCUCCUUAGACUGCAAGCAAUUUAAGCCUCCAACAAACCUCCUCUUGUACUGUCCUUCCCUCUGGCUGCUCUCCCAUCCUUCCUUGACACUAUGGUUUGAAUGUUUUUGUCCCCUCCUUAAUUUAUGUCGAAACUCUACAUAAACUGUUUACUGUUGAAACAGUGUCACAGUAUUAGGAGGUGGGGCCUUUGGGAAGUGAUUAAGUCAAGUCAUGAAGAGAGCUUUUGUGAAUGGGAUCAGGUGCUCUUAUGAAAAGCCUUGAUAGAGGGAAUUUGUCCCUGUGGCCCUUCUAUUUUCUGCUCUGUGAGGACAUAAUGCUCCUCCCCUCCAAAAGGUGCAGCAUGAAGGCAUCAUCUUGGAAACAAACAUAAUCCCUCAACAUAAUCCCUCCCUACCGAUGUUAUGAUGUUGAACUUCCCAGCCUCCCGAACUCUAGGAAAAUAAAGUUCUCUUUAUACA